UUGCGGGAAUUUUUGACAGUUGUCAAUAAAAACAUCGUGAGAAUGAGAAAUCGUGUGAAUCUGCAAUUUAUUAGCUUUUGUUAGUGCCGUAAUAUGUAAAGAAUAAAAUAAUUUUAGUUAUAAAUUGUGGUAAACUUUAUGGUUAUUCUAAUUGGUGAGUUAAGUAUUUCAAAAUUGCUGUAUCUCUCGACUUCAUUGUCCGUUUAACAUGGCGCUUUGUAGCGACAUGUGCAGACGAUAACGCUCGUACAUCACCUUGUUAGUUACUAUUUCUAGUGUUUGGACGUUUAUUUUCUUGUUUUUCGAGUUGUGGAUUGUGUGUAACGUUGUUUGGUUGUUACAUAACGGGUUUGGGGUCUUGAAUGUAGCGUUACGACACAGCUACUGCAAUGGUGAAAACCCGUCGCAGUAAUGGAGAGAACGGAGAUGUUGACGAAGGGAAUUACACUAUAAACGACGUUGGCAGCGUCUCCGAUGAGAAGGCAUCUAAUUGGUCUCAACGGGAGUUAAGAAGUAGCCAACAAUAUAAGGUCACUCGAAAGAUACAACAUUGGCCUACUAAAUAUAGCCGACGCCGCCGCACUAUCAAAAUGCCUCGCAUAGUAUUUCCAGAAAGUGAUACAGAGCCUGAAAAAUAUUCUAGAAGGUCUCGCCAAGUGCGAGUGUUCUUUGCGGAGGACAACGCGUCUACGAACAGAAGCGUGCGGAUCAGGCACAGCCGCGGCCCACGGAAGAAUUACGUGGAGGACAGUGAAGACAAGCCAAUACAAGAAAAUGUUCGUAGAAGCUGCCGCAAACGCAAACUCAUCCACCACAACUUCAACGAGAGCUGGAUCACCAACGAGCUGAAGGUCAAGGGUUACCCCGACCUGUACGGCUUCCCUGGGACCAGCUCCUCAGAUGAGUUCUCCUCCGGCGACGAGGCGAGGGUUAAUAAGAAAAUUACACGCGACCUGCCCCCAACCAACACAGAUGAAGACACACAGCUCUCUGCGCGCCAGAGGCGGACUUCGGCCAGAUUUAAUAACAGCAAGAAAACUAAUGAUGCGUCCGGAUCAGAUUCCGAAGAUGAGAACAAUCAGACAGUGAUUGAGAAAAAGACGACAAAUGAAAGUAAGAAAGAGAAAGAAACAGACGAGGGGGCGGAGCCUAAAGAGGAAGUCAAGAAUGAGACGCAAGAGGCGAACCAAGAGCAAGACAGCGAGAGCAAUCAAGCUCCAGUAAGAUCUACCAGAAGAAAUAGAGGACGCCCAAAGAAAGAAGAUAGUCAACAAGAAACAGCGUCUGAAUCGUCAUCGUCGGAGUCAGGUAGCGAGCUGGGUUUGCAGCCGCGCCGCUCCAAGCGCACGCGCAAGCCUAAGCCCGCCUUCGUUCAGAUUGCGCAGCGGGAGACGCGCGGCAGAGCCAAAACAUUCACAAUCAGAAAGAAACCGUACUCUUUGCGUGAAAGGAAACCUACAAUUUUACGCCGUAAGACUAUCCGAUCGCAAUCACCAUCUAGUAGCAGUAGUAGUAUGUCAAGUAGUGACACGGAAGAGGACCUAAAUGUUUCCAUGAAAAACAAAACUAAGGGCAGACAAAAGUCAAAGUCAAUGGAUGACAAGAAAACAGAUAGAGCUUUGAGAGAUAUACAACCUGUUGAGGUCGACGGCAGCGUGAGAUUUACGUCAGUCGGUGGUCUAGAAGAGCACAUAAAGUGCCUCCGUGAGAUGGUGCUAUUCCCUCUCAUGUAUCCGGAUCUGUUCCAAAAGUUUGGCACCCGGCCCGCCAAGGGGGUGCUAUUCCACGGUCCCCCGGGCACGGGAAAGACCUUACUAGCCCGGGCCUUGGCCAAUGAAUGCACUUUGGUUGGGGGCAGGAAGGUCGCCUUCUUCAUGAGGAAGGGGGCGGAUUGCUUGAAGAAAUGGGUGGGUGAGAGCGAAAGGCAUCUCAAGCUGCUGUUUCAACAGGCAAACAAAAUGAAGCCGUCCAUAAUAUUCUUCGACGAGAUCGAUGCACUAGCGCCGGUGCGCAGCGUGCGCCAGGAGCAAGUUCACACUAGUGUUGUUGGUACGCUCCUCGCUGAGAUGGACGGCCUUUGUGAUAGGGGCGAAGUGGUAAUCAUAGGCGCAACCAAUCGCCUAGACGCUGUCGAUCCAGCGUUGCGUCGCGCGGGUCGCUUCGACCGGGAACUAUACUUCCCGCCUCCACACGCGGCCGCUAGAAGGGACAUCCUGCACAUAUACACCAAGCACUGGACCCCACGCCCAGGGGAGGAGGCUUUGGACCAGAUAGCUCAGCUCACAGUCGGCUAUGGAGUAUCCGCUAGGAGAGAUGUUAGCUUCCCGCCUCCACACGCCGCCGCUAGAAGGGACAUCCUGCACAUAUACACCAAGCACUGGAGCCAACGCCCAGGAGAAGAGGCUUUGGACCAGAUAGCGCAGCUCACAUUUGGUUAUGGAGGAGAAUCCGCUAGGAGAGAUGUUAGCUUCCCGCCUCCACACGCGGCCGCUAGAAGGGACAUCCUGCACAUAUACACCAAGCACUGGACCCCACGCCCAGGGGAGGAGGCUUUGGACCAGAUAGCACAGCUCACAGUCGGCUAUGGAGGUUCAGACCUAAAAGCUUUAUGCUCAGAAUCAGUAUUAAAGGCGUUGAGAAGAGUCUACCCACAAGUGUACGACAGCGAACACGCCUUACUUAUCGAUGCUAAGAAUGUGGAAGUGACAACCCAAGACAUGUUAGAGGCGAUGCGUUCGCUAGUGGCGGCCGGAGCCCGCGCCUGCCCGCCCCCCGCGCGCCGCCUGCCGCCGCCCGCGCGCCCGCUGCUGCUCGCCCAGCUGCAGGCCGCCCGCCAGCUGCUGCCGCCUAUACUGCUGAUGAGCGGGCCGUGCGCUGAGACCUUCAUAGCGCCGGCGCUGCUGAGUGACAUGGAGGACUGUACUGUCAAAGAACUUAGCAUGUUAACACUACACUCGGCGCUCGCCUUCACGCCCGAGCAGGCGCUUAUAUCGGUGAGUGAAACUAAAGGGAGAUGUGAAAAGGGGGCGGGGCCGGUGUCGCAACCAUAUGCCCAAAAACAGAACACAUUGCUCGUGACAGCAAUGAUCACAGCAGCGCUCGCGUUCACGCCCGAGCAGUCGCUUAUAUCGGUCAGUGCAUUCGGACUUGCCGGCAGAGGUAAGACAGAUGGAUGCACAAUAUUCGCCUUGGUUUGGUUGUCACUAGCGGCCACCGGGACAGCGCUACUGUUACAACUAUGGCGGACGCGCGCUGCGGGAGAUAAUACAUUACUAUUGGCCACCACAACUGCGCAACACUCUGACUUGCCGGCCGAGCUUCAAGACCUGUUCCCUCUGUACAAGGACUGCGUAUACAGAAUGCGGGAACCAAAUGCGGCAGAAGUGAUCGCGUUCCUAAAGCCGUUGAUUGCCGAAGCUCUGUUAGACCCGCCUCCUAUCGAAAACACGGAGCCUCCGCCACCAUUGCCUCGAGCACCACCCCCUCCACCGCCGCGAGAGAGCCAAGAAGACAUGGCCCGGCGCAAGCGCAAGGAAGACUACAAACUGCGGGAACUGCGCAUCUUCUUACGGGAUAUCUGCCGCAAACUGGCUUCUAACCGUCGAUUCUAUAAGUUCACCAAGCCUGUCGACUUAGAAGAGGUAACUGACUACUUAGACAUAGUGAAGCAGCCAAUGGACUUAGAGACGAUGAUGACCAAAGUGGACAUGCACAAAUACAACUGCGCCAAGGAGUUCUUAGACGACAUCGACCUUAUUUGCGCGAACGCGUUAGAGUAUAACCCGGACAGGACAUCAUCAGACAAGCAGAUCCGGCACGAGGCAUGUUCGCUAAGGGACCAUGCGCACGCACUCAUUGAUGUUGAGAUGGAUAGCGACUUCGAGGUGGAGUGCCAGGAGAUAGCCAAGAAGCGGCGCGAGGAGGGAGACAUGGCUGACGCAGACCUGCCUGAUUUCAUCUACACUGCCUCCAACCUGCGUGAGUUAUCAUCAUCAUCAUUUUUUCAGCCACAGGAUGUCUGUUGUACAUAGACUUCUAUAGGUUGGUAGCUCCCUGCAUCCAGCGCCUUCCUGCUACCUUUAUGAGUUCGUCGGUCCACCUUGUGGAGAUGGAUAGCGACUACGAGCUGGAGUGCCAGGAGAUAGCCAAGAAACGCCGCGAGGAGGGAGACAUGGCUGCCUGAUU